UCAAAUCGAUCGGCCGACUAGCGACCACAAGGAAGGAAGGACGGACGGAAGGAAGGAAUCAGUCGCACUUCGUUUCCUUUACCAUUUAUCAUCAACUUGGUAGGUGUCGGGUGUUGUUGUCAUGGUGAUGUCUACAUUCCAGAAGGUGACGCUGGCCACGUGCCUCGUGCUGUGCGUGGCCCUGCUGCUUCCCAGGAUGUUGUUGUCUCGUGGGAGGAAGGAUGCUAGCGCGACCGAAGGAGGUCACUUCCCGCCCAUGGUGCACCGUCACAUGGCCCCAGAAGGCCGCGGCCAGAGGGUGGCGGCAGGUUCGGGCCCCUCCUCCGGGGCCCACAAGGCGGAGAGCGUGGCAGCCAGAGCCAGAGGUGCAGGAGCGGGAGGCGGGCUGGGAACCGCCGCCAAGUCCAAUCUGGCGGGACAAAUCAUUCCCGUCUACGGAUUUGGGAUUUUACUCUACAUCCUCUACAUUCUCUUCAAGAUCACUUCGAAGGGGAGCAGUCCGUCUUCCCUGGGCAGAUGCUCCUCAGUGCGCUCAGAGAACACCAAGAGGAAGAUCACCGACUUUGAGCUGGUUCAGCUGCAGGAGAAGCUGAGAGAGACUGAGAUGGUGAUGGAAAAUAUUGUUUCCAAUGUUCAACGCAGCCCUGACAGGGGCAAUAACGGAGUGAACGUAGACCAGGAGAGUCUCCUCCACCAGCUGACAGAAAUCACUCGCGUGAUGCAGGAAGGUCAGCUAGUGGAGGGCGUGGCAACAACCAACAAAAAAGACCAGGGAACAUGGGAAGAAGCCGAAGAAGAGGACGGCCGUGACUUGUGGGAGCGCCCUCGCUGCGGCUGCUGUCAGCAUUGUGGAUCACAGACGCAAGCCGGGGAAUAUGACGGGGGUGACCCCUGGGAGAACGAUCUCGCGGGCUUUCCCGGCACGCAUCCAGCUGAUGAGGAACCGGGUGCUGGUUUGGGAGGCAAGGAGGACCCGGUGCAGCAGGACGUCCACCUGAGCGGAAAGGAGCAGAAAGAAUGUGAGUGCGAGGAGGAGCGGAUCCAGUUGGGCGUGCCCAAGUGGGAGCUGGCGGGCGUGUUGAAGGAGUUGGAGCUCACCUUGAAAAUGACAUCAGCUAUGGAGCGAGAGAAGAUGGAUCACCUGGAGACGCAAGCGUCGGCCGGUGGUGGUGCCAUCAGACGGCGGAGCAAAAGAAGAAGCCGGGAGUCUCACUGACUCCUGACUUGGACGGAUGAUGUUUUGUGUGCAAACUUUAUAGGCAUGUGCCCAAAACUCUGCAUGAAUUUCAUAACCGUGGACGUUGCUUGAUAGCAAGUAGAAAUGGUAGCUGUAUUGAGGUCAGGUAAAGCCCGAUGAGGUAAAGCAGACGUGUCCAAAUUUUUCUCAGAGGGCAGCAUACGGAAAAAUAUCCAAGGAUGCUCGGCCACAUUGAAAUUCUUUUAAAGAGGAACUCGAUGCAAACACUUGACUUGCAUCCCUGAUUAAAUGAGUAGAAAUUUGUUGACAAGUGUUAUUAAAACCUUUUGCAAAAACCUUUGAUUAAAAGGAGAGAUUUUGUGCCAGGAUUUCCCCCCCUUAUGUGAAGUGCAUAAAUGUUUCAUCCGCAUUUUGAAUCUUUUUUCAAAAUGCGUGAAAACAUGUUCACCCUUUUAAUAAAUACCUCAAACUACA